AGAACUUGGAAGAUUACUAGUCUUUGAAACGCAAAUGGCUGCAGAGUUUGAGAAGGAGUCACUCGUAACUGAGGCAUAUUAUGCAGAUGUUACUGUAGAAAGAAGGGUCAGAAAUGACUUGGAGGACUCUCUUCCAAAGCCAUACAUGGCUCGAGCACUGACAGCACCAGAUACAAAGCACCCAGAUGGAACAGUAGGGCACAGGCACAACAAUAUGAGUGUUCUACAGCAACAUUGUGCUUUCUUUGACCAAGAUGACAAUGGAAUUGUUUAUCCUUGGGAAACAUUCGUGGGCCUCCGUGCGAUUGGCUUUAAUUUCAUCGCUUCUAUUAUCAUGGCUGUUGGAAUCAAUCUCGCUAUGAGUUAUCCCACUCUCCCUCACUGGUAUCCCUCUUCCCUGUUGCCAAUCUACAUACACAAUAUUCACAAAAUAAAGCAUGGGAGUGAUAGUGGAACUUAUGACACGGAAGGACGUUAUGUACCGGUAAAUCUUGAGAACAUUUUUAGCAAGUAUGCUCGUACAGUACCUGAUAAGCUCACACUUGGAGAGAUUUGGGACAUGACUGAGGGCAACCGAAAUGCAUUUGAUCCAUAUGGCUGGGCUGCUGCUAAAUUUGAAUGGGGGGUUCUGUAUGUUCUGGCAAGGGAUGAGGAUGGUUUCUUGUCUAAGGAGGCUGUGAGAAGAUGCUUCGAUGGCAGCUUAUUUGAAUACUGUGCUAAGAUGAAUUAUGGAUAUUAUGAUGAUGCUAAGACGAGUUGAAAUAUUUGUCUCUCUUGUAUGGUAUGAGAAUAAUCAUUGCUAAGUGAAAUUUCUUUGUUUGUUAAUACUGUUAGAAAGAUGUUUCAACAAUAAAGAAGCAGCAGCAUGUGACUAUAUUUGAUGUAAUCGAAGAAUUUCAAAUUUUAGUUGCAUUAAUUUGUAUCACUCCUUAUAAUAUAUAAUCUAUAUAGCAUAUAUAUUAUCUC